AGAGAACCAUCCAGUGCAUAUGGACCCACACACAUGCACAAGACCCUCCUCAUACAACACGCACAAGCACACAUGCGCACACUUGCUCAUACAAGUACUCUUCAAACAGCAUACUCUCACUUCAGCUUUGCACAGGAUGUUACGAAAUCAGCCCUGUUGCUGAAACUUAGUGAAGGUCGCUGGGAGUUCUCUCUCACCCACACACAUACACACACACACUCACACACUUCACCUGGCACUUACACACAUCCUCCUGCAGAGAAGCUCAGUCCCAGUGCUCUGCCACUUGAGCGAGGAGCCUGCUGGUGGUCGGACUGUCGCCUGAAGCGAAGAGGCCGAUCCUGCGUUGAUUCGAUUUUACAACCCAGUCACUCUCUCGGAAGCUCUGAUUAGUAAACCAAGGGAGCACGGUAGAAAGAAGAAGAAGAAGAGGAGGAGUAGUGAUGGCUGUGACCGACAUUGCAGAGGAUGACCUGGAUGAGAUGAUGCGUGAGGAAGCGGAGGAUGUCUUCUCUGAGGACGGAGUGUCGUCCCGCGUCCCAGAGAUCAUGGCGGCCGGCACCCACUCCCCUGGAGGGCCGAAUGGCAUAAUCCGGAGUCAGUCAUUUGCUGGGUUCAGUACGCUUCAGGAACGACGGUCUCGGUGUAACUCCUUCAUGGGGAACUCAGCGGUGCAGAAGAAGCCCCAGUCCAAGCCAAAGAAACCCCACCUGUCAGGACACAAGGGGGGCAGCAGCUCCAGAGAGCCACAGCCCAAAAGACUGGAGGAGGUUUACACUGCACUCAAACAAGGCCUGGAUGAGUAUCUUGAGGUUCAUCAAACAGAGCUGGACAAACUCAUGUCUCUGAUGAAGGACAUGAAGAGGAACUCUCGCCUGGGAGUGCUGUAUGAUCUUGACAAGCAAAUCAAAACCAUUGAGAGGUACAUGAGACGUCUGGAGUUUCACAUGAGCAAGGUAGACGAGUUGUACGAGGCCUUCUGCAUCCAGAGCCGUUUGAGGGAAGGUGCUAUCCGGAUGAAGCAGGCUUUCUCAUCCUCUCCCUCCACUAAAGGCACCAAGGAGAGCAUCGCAGAGGUCAACCGCCGCUACAAAGAAUACACGGAGAACAUGAGCACAUUCGAGAGCGAGCUGGAGAACCUGCUCGGAGAGUUUCACAUCAAAAUGAAAGGUUUGGCAGGCUUCGCUAGACUCUGUCCUGGAGACCAAUAUGAAAUAUUCAUGCGGUACGGUCGUCAGCGGUGGAAGUUAAAAGGAAGGAUUGAAGUGAACUCCAGACAGAGUUGGGAUGGAGAGGAGAUGGUCUUCAUGCCUCUCAUCACUGACCUUAUAAAUAUCAAGGUAACAGAGCUGAAGGGUCUGGCCACUCACAUGCUGGUAGGCAGCGUGAUCUGUGAGACCAAGGAGCUGUUCACUGCCAUGCCUCAAGUGGUUGCUGUGGACGUCAAUGACCUGGGAACCAUCAAACUCAACCUGGAGGUUACGUGGUACCCCUUCGAUGUCGAGGACCUGACUCUAUCAUCUGGCAAUGUGAGCAAAGCCACGGCACUCCAGAGACGAGUGUCUGUCUACAGCCAGGGCACACCAGAGACCCCCACCUUCCAGGACACCUCCUUCUUUGCUACUCUACCAGAUGACGUCUUCGAGAAUGGUGGCUGUGGUGUAGCCGAGUGUAAGCGCCUCUCCUUCACCUUCUCCGAUACCUCUGGUUCCACGCCCAGCCCAAGCCCCGCCCCCAGCUCUCACUCCCACAGCCAAUCCAACCCAGAGAUCACAGUCACUCCUCCAGAAACAGACCUGACGUCCACACAGAUCCUCUCAACGAGGGAGGACUCCAUAGCAGAGGAGCAUUUAGAGGAGGAGGAAGAAGAGGAGGAGUAUGAGGAGGAUGGGGAGACAGGGAGCCGAGGAAGUAGGGGUACCAGCGGCAGCCUCGCCAGCGAUGAAGCUGAGGUGGCAGAGGACUCUGAGUGGGAACGUACGGAGUCCCAGAGAAAUUCUGGCUCAAACUGUGGGUCAGCUGCCCCGUCUCUCUGCUCUGACAGCCACCUCUCCACUGUGGCUCCUGAGGACGUUUUCUUAGACCACACUGAUGAACUGAAACCAGUGGAGCUGGACACAGAGGAGGCGGGCAGUCUGACUCGGCAGCUUGUGAAGAGGCUGACUUCUUCGGAAAUCAUGUCGCCAAGUGGGAGCUCCGCUGAGGGGGGAGGAGGGAGUCUGAGCUGGGCUGGAGAGGGGAGCAGGGCCUUCCUGGAGAGCAGCCUGGAGGAGGCAAUCCACAGCCUGUUGAUGAGGCUGGAGUCUCUGACCCACCGCUGCAGAGAGCUGCAGGACCUGGAACAGGAAGUGAUGCGUUUGGAGGACCUGCUCAAGUGUCGUCUCCCGGGUCACAGGAGCCGCUCCUCAAGCCUCAGUCUGACAGUGGAGAGCGCCCUGGAGAGCUUUGACUUCCUCAACACGUCUGACUUUGAUGAUGAAGACACGGGAGAUGAUAACGCCAUCCUCAAUAUCCCACAGAGGUCUCCGCUUUUUGAUACAGAAGGAGAGAGAAUCGGUGGGCAGCAUCCAGAAGCCAGAGGGCACCUAAGUGAAGCCCUCACAGAAGACACCGGGGUGGGCAAUAGCGUAGCAGGAAGCCCCUUGCCACUGACCACCGGAAACGAGAACCUGGACGUGGCUAUCGUCAUCCACCUGCAGUACUGCAAUCACCUCAUACAGUUGUUGACCAAUGGAGUUAGCAUAUGGCAUCGUCGCAGUCUCCUCCUCAAACUCUCAGGACAGACUCAGCUGUUGGAGGAGCUGGCAGAGAUCAGUGUGGACAGACUGGGAGCGAUCACAUCUGCUGCUGAUGUCCUCCCGGGCCUGGCUGAGCGCCCACAGCUGAUGACUCUGUGGUCAGAGUGCAGCGGGUCUGCAGGACUCUUCCACACCACGCUGGACCGAGUUUUCAAACACAUGAACCAGCACUACACAGCAGUGCUGCAGGAGAGACACCCACACAGUGCUCCCACAGUGAUUGGUGUCGUAGUGGGCGAGAUGGUGGACAGGAGCGACCUGAUGGCAGCCCAAACUCCUCCUGCAGCUGCACUCUCCCAGGACGUCCUGACCGUCUUUCAAUUUAACAGCUACAUCUUACAGCACGAAGUUCAGGACAUGGAGACACACCUGCUGCACCUGGCCAGAGAGGAGGUGUUUGCAGAGGCUCUGCACAGUGGAGAUUCGUCUCGCUGUUUAGAAGAGAUGGAGGAGGUGCCCGUGUCGUCCCUGUGGCCUACGAGCAGCACCCUUAGGGCCCUAGCCUCCAUGCUCACUGCAGAGGACCCUCAGGUUAACAAGGCAGCAGCCGACUACCUCUCUUCUGGAGCAUCACGCAGCCACUUCAGGAACAGGGCGGUGGAGUGCUACACUCAGGCACUGUCAGAGGCUGGAGGUCAGAGCCAGAGGGCGGCGUGUUCAGCUCUGAGCUGCCUGCAGGCAGUAGAGAGCAUCAGGGCAGUCGUAGCACUGUGUGACUCGGCAGAUGAGGAGCUUCGCCACGUCGCCAUAGAAACCCUGCUCACAUUUGGUGAGGAGGGGCGGCUGGCGUACGAGCAGCUGGACACAGUGCCGGGGGAAAUGAUCCGUCUGGGCAUGCGGCGGGGAAAUGCCGUCACCACUGCCUUUUGAGCCAUCGUGCCACUGAAAACCAUCACAGACUACAUCUCAGCCCGACAUCUGAGGACAGCACUGCCCCCCCACCCCCCACCCCACCUCCCUGUCCCUGCUACACUCAACUCCACACACUGCACACCUCACAGGGCUGUUAAUGACUGAUCACUUUUAUUGAUCUGCUUUUUUUUGGCACAGACUUUGGGAAUCACCACAUAACAUCACUGUUCUUACUUAUACUGCCUCCUGAAAGGAAUUGACACCAAACAAACAUUCUUAACCACAAAGACACACAACCUAAACCCCUCCUGCACACUUUUACACCACUUAAUUCCUCCAUCAUUUCCACACCCCCUUACUCCCCCUUUCUCCCUCUUCCCUGCUUUCUGAGCCAGGCAGACCGGUCUCAUUAAGUUAACUGGAUUGCACAAGUAUGACUGGACAAAAAAGCCGCUGAAAGUUACUCCAAAGACUGUGGACACUAUAAUUUGAUCAACGCAUCCUCACAUUAACUUUGUAAACAAGUUAUCCACCACAGCACACACUUGUAUCACUCACUCACUGAUUAACUAUCAUCUCGAUUGUUACAAAGUUGGUUGUGUUACAUGCUAUACUAUGAUCUUUGUAUGAUCACUGUUUAUCACAUGUUUUCGUUGGUGGUUUUGCGGCGCUUUCAGAAGAUUUGCACUGUUGUAAGGCAUGUAAAUACGGCAUAUUUUACACAGCCAGUGUAAUAUAUGUGCUUGUAUUUAGAAUAUAUUUUAAGUCCUGUUUUCUAGUACGUUCCAUUUUUGAGUUCAGGGAUUCUUGCACGGCUGAAAGAUUUGCGCUUGAUGGCAAGGGAGGCCCAUAACUACAUUGGAAACAGCUUCCGAGAGAAAGAAGUUUGGUUUGAUAGUUUUAGUUUAUGCUAAGCUAAGUUAAGCGAGUUGAUAAAACAAUAAUGGUCUGCACUGUGCCCUCAGUUCCCGCACUCAGCAGUUUAAACCUGAGUUUUCUCAUACUUGCAGUUGAACAAGUGCAAUUUUUUGUACAUAUGUGACUCUUUUGCACCUAGCAUUUGAUAAAGUAAGCUUCGACCACCUGAGCCUUUGAAGUGGUCGAGCGGAUAAGCUCCACAGAUACUACACGCUUUUGUAAAUGUAUUUUUCCUAGCAGGUACAGAGCCAGUUGAGGGCAAUAAAUCUGGUUAUGGAUGGUGAACGUUCUCAGUUACUGUAUAAAGAGGAGGAUCCUGUGAUUGUGUAAAGGUUUAGCCUCUGUUUAGGCUUGCACGUUCAUGCAGUUUGUGAGCUUCUUGCAGGAUGAGGUAUUUUCUUUGAGAAGCUGCAGAAUGAAGUGUUAUGUUGGGUACGUCUUGGGUCUGUUUAUUUCCCUGCAUCCUAACUUUUAUGUGGGAAAAGUGGCCGGAGUAAACGCCUAAUUCCAACUUUUCUCAUUGUAACUGUACUACUGAGUCUUGUGCUAGAGCACGGGGACAAAACUCACUUGUGAUCACACAUCUUAUUUAUUAUUUACCCAUUUAUAAUGCUAAUAUUCUUUGGAGCUGUACUGUAAUUGUGCAAAAGGCAUUGUUAUAUAAAUGAGUUGUGUAUUUAUGUUCUUUUUGGAGCAGGUCUAGUAUUUGAAAUAUUGUUUAUGGGUUAAAAAAAAGGCCCCCAUGUUGUAUCCAUGCAGAUAAUUUCGUACUUUAAGUAAAUUGGAGUUUAUUUUGAAUGAAUUGUUAUAGAUAAAUUAUUAUUUUGGAGAUCAGUUUGGUGGUAUAAUAGGUUUCUUAUCCCUUAAAAGGUCCCAAAAUAAAGGGACAUUAUAUAUUAGAAAAUGUACUUUAUUACUUAGAGGAUUUACUAUAACCAAAGGAAGAAUUAAUUUUUAAAAAGGUCUUUUAAUAAGAGCUCAUGACUCAUUAAGCAGAAUGUAUUUUCAAAAUAAUAUUUGCAUUUGGCCAGAAUACUCAGACUUGACUUUAGAAGCACAACUUUGAAAUAAGACAAACCCAUAAUGUCAAACCGUGUUACAUUUGGUUCUAACUGCACAGUCCAGAAGCCAUAUUGAUUGAAAACAAGUGGUAAUAUUUUUAUGAAAUGUAUUUUUCUUUUGUAUUAUAACCUGUAAAUGUGUGAAGUUGUUACUAAAAGCUGAAGAUGUUUUUUUCCCAUACCGCCUUUUGAAAAACAUGGUCCAUAUUUUAAAUUUCUUUAGUUUUUUUCCAUUAUGUGAAUAUCAUUACAGUAUUUUGGUAAAGUAUCUAAUUCAUCCAUUCAUUCAGUGUUUCUUCUUUUCAUGAUUGAGCUCAUUUCUUUUUACAAACUUGCAGCAGACCAGUGUUAAGACAAGUUGAGUUAUUGGCUGUUCGAUCCCUCAUCACUGCUAACUACAAGUAGUCAAAAUGUGCACAUGUACACAUUUAGAGACCGGUUAUAAAAAUUACUCUUUAUUCUUUGCUCAAAUGACCUUUUUCAGUCUCUCUGGUCAAAAGCUUCUGUUCUGGUCCAUCUAGUUGCAUACUACUCUUCUCUGCUGUCAGUAUUUCCUCUGCUCAACAGCUGCAAUAAAGUUUAUUUUUGCAUAA